AGGCGGCAUCGCUGCGGUAGUGAGUAGUGACAUUGAAGCAUUGUGAUCCGGCGAAACAAAUAAGAGCAGGCGCCUUUUGCGCAUAAUGCAUCCAUAAUCAGCGAGUGUUUUCAUUCACUACGAGGAAAGGAAAGUACUAACGUUCAUUCGCUUUCCUCUGGCACGACGGUUCAUCACUUUUAAACAGAACGGUUGCCUGCACUUCGCAUUACGAAGAUGAUCGCACGAGGAUGCGCUGGUCUCGUGUUGCUGGUGAAUUUUGUCUUCUCGGUACCUGUCUAUCCAGGUCACAUGGAUGAUAAGGAUGUGAAGGUGAUGAAGUGUAUUGUGGAAGUAAUUGCAGAUGCACUGUCCAAGCCUCAUCCCAGCUCAGUGUCCCAGGACUGCCUUGAAACCCUCAGCGCUGAUGACAGGCUUGUGAGCAUCCUGCGCCACCGCAACUUUCUUCAAGAGCUGCAAGAUAUCGCUGUGGAAGGAGCCAGUGAAAGAGCACAGAAACACCCCGGAGACACACCUGAUCAUGUGACCAGCCUCUCUAGAGACAUGAAGAAAACUGCAGAUGAUCAGUCAAUGUUGGUUGCCGUGGAUAAAUCAGAAGAAGAUGCACAGAAGAGAGGAGCAGGAGAGGAGAGCUCCAGAGACAGUGAGGAGACAGAGCAGGAGGCUCAAAAACAGAACCAGAUUGCUGAGGAAGAGGAGCGUGAAGAAGAUGAGAGUCCUAGCAAUCACAUUUCCAACUCCAUAAACUCAGAGCAGAAGAGAGAGUCACAGGAGGAGGCCACAAAAAGGGAUGACGAGAAACAAGAGGAGAGGAAACACUCCAGCUUAGAAAAGGAGAAGGAAAAUGAUCCGGCUUACCAUAAAGAUGCCACAGAUGAUCAUGAAGCGAAUCCCGACGUAAAACAGUCCAUCAUGGAGGACAGCGAGGAGCACAAGGGAGCUGAAAUGGAGAGAACACAUUCAAAAGAAGAGGAGGAGAAGAAAAGAGAGGUUGGAGUGAAGCGCAGGAGUCGUGUGAGCAAAUUGUCCCACAAGAGAGUAGAGGCAAGCCCAAAGCUGGAAGAACACUGGGAAGCACCACACCACUCUAAGGAGAGAGAAGAUCAAGAGGGGGAGCUGUGGAGGAGCCCAGAGGAGCAGGAGCUGCAGCUCAUGGCACAAACUCAACCACAGGACAAACGAGAUGAAGAGGGCAGCGGCAGCAGAAAGACAGGGGAUGCUGAGAUUGAAAGUCUGGCUGCCAUUGAGUCUGAACUGGAGAGUGUGGCUCAGAAACUUCAUGAUCUGAGAGGAGGCUGAGCCGCUCCAGCUCUUCUCUUUCCGCUUUGCCCUUCAUCUCUCCUUCAGUAGAAAGGCAUGUUAACUGGAGAUGAGGCUCUCACCUUCUUGCUUCUCUUC